GAUGAGCAGCAAAAGAAGAAUAAAAAAGAAGAUUAAUGCCCAAGUUAAUUGUUUUAGAAAUACUUUGUCCCAAAAGCACUGGAUAAAACCAGGACUGAUAGAUUCUCCUUAAUAUUCCUUAUUGAGAUAGAAUCUACACUAGAAAAGUCCCAGCUCAUUUUUUUAAAAGCGGUACAAGCAAGAUGAAAAUAUAUGAAUAAAAGAAGCGAUAUUCAAAUUUUUAUUAAGCUAACAAGAGGUCUGAGACAGAUUACUCGACUCUCAAUUGGAGACAGUCUAGAGGAAAAUACACCAGACUAUAAUUUUAACAUAUUUUACCCAAUAAUGAAUAAAGUAACUCAUAAAGUCCACAUAUGUGGAUAUAUGUUUAGCAGAAAACAUUUGCAAAGAUCUUAAUCAGCUUAGGUAAAGCAAAACAGAUAAAGUUUUACAAAUGUAGCAUUAACACUGAGAAACUUGAUAUCCCUAAGACUUGUCUAGCAAUUCAAUUUAAAAUGGAAAUAUUAGAACUAGAUGGUUGAGAAGAGAUAAAUAUGCCAGAAAAGUAUUCAAAGAAGUUUGAAGUACUUUUUGAUUCUAUUUCCAAUUCCAGCUUAAAAAUAGCGCUGAAAGAAGUGGUUCUUGAUCAAGUAGAAGAAGAUGAAAACAGUGCUGAAGAAAUGAUGCAAAAAUACAACCUUGGCUAUAUAAGAGUCAAAAUCUUUCCAAAGACAGUUAUCCUAAGCCAAAGCAAAUCAAUGAAAUGAUCAAGCUCUCCAUAUUGAACAAUUCAAUAAGUUUA